AUGAGCCAGGAAGUACAUGGACUUUCUACUCCACCUCUACUACCUAUUGAUCCCACAGGACGAGUGAAGGACUAUGGCUAUAGUCCAGUGGGUAUAGAAAUACCUAAAGAUCCAAGGAAAUCAAUUGAUAACGGCCAUGGACAAGGACAAGGAAUAUCAUCAAAACCAACUUAUAGUCCUAGUAUUGCCAAACCCAUCACUCCAUCGAUAGUGGAAAACCAAAACCAACAGGAGAUUGCUACACCUUCUCUAGCUUCCAAUUCCACCAUUUCAGAAUUGAGUAUCAACCAACUAGGCCUAUCACAACCUGCUUCCUCUUCGAUAUAUACCGAAAGUGAAGGUGUAAAAUCGAAUGAUGAUACUCCUGUUCCUAUGAAGAAGAUCGGGACUGGGGUGGAGACGACAUUGGAUUCGUUAGCCAAAUUAAGACAAUUCAAAGCUGAAGUGGAAGCUACACGACAACAUCCUACCCUUAAUGCGCAAUUGGCCAAUAAGGAUGGUCGUUCUGUAGGAAUGGGAGAGAUGAACCCUAGUUUAUUGGCUAAAAUGGCCGAAUCAUUCAUAUUACAACAACAACAAAAGCUUGGAAUCGCCGGUGAAGGUAAAGGUGCAAAUACGGAUGCAAGUACAGGUACAACUGAUAAAGGUGAUUAUUCACCUUUAAAUGUAUUGGAAGGAAGUGGAAAUACGAAAGAAAGGGAAUCGGAAUUGAGAGAGAGAUUGUUAUCUUCGAGAUCACGUCCAAAUGAGAAUCAAAGUAGGAAGAGGAAUAAUGAAUCAAAUUCACCUUUUAUUGAACAUGGGUAUGGGUAUGAAGAGAAUAAAAGACCCAGGAAUGAUAUACAACUUCCUACCAACCCACCAUGGAACGAAAGGAAUGAUAGAGGCCGCUCAACAUCUACGAUCAGGAGUGACAAUUAUGAUGAUACAAAUAAAUAUUCAAGAUUCCCUCCUCCUCAUCCUAAUGAUCAAAGAUUUACAAGAAGAGACCAGUCUGCAGGUACUACUAGUAGUGGACCAGACUAUAAACCUAGUGAAACCAAUUUCGUACCUUCACGAUAUCAGACUCCACCUGAACGUGAACGGGAUAGAAGGCAUUCUCAAGAAGGUCGAGGGAGACCUAGGACACCACCUCCACCGCCAAUAAGGAAUGAACCAAGAAGAGAUAGUGUUAAUAGGUCGUUUGGGGGAAAACGGGAAGGGCAUGGGUACGGAAAUGGGAAUGAAAGUCAGAGAUUAGCUGAUCGUAUAUCCGGAGCGGGCCCAUCACCAGCACCAAAAUACCGUCCUCGCUCACCAUCGCCUGCUCGAAAUUAUUCUAACCACAGACGGGAGCAGGAAUAUCAGAGAGGACCCACUCGACCAAGACAUUAUCCUGAUCCCAGAACACCAGUUGAUCCUACAUAUGGCAGACGAUCCGAUAUUCCCAAUAUCGACCCAUAUGGUAGUUAUGCCAUUGCAAGAGGACAGCCUUUGGGUCAUGCUAGACCGCCUUCGCCCGGUUAUGGUAGACCACCACCACCGCCUGCGAGGGAUCAGAGGUAUGGUUAUGAUCCAGAGGGGAGGGAAGAUGCAUACUUGAGAGCACCACCACCGCCACCGGGUUAUCAUGAUCGAUAUGAUCGACCCCCACCACCACCACCACCACCAAUUGGUGGGAACGUAUUUGCACAAGGUCAAGGGAUAGAUACGAAUAAUGUUGUGGAAACGUUGGAAGCGCUGAAAGCGCAAAUAUCAAAAUUGGAGAAACUCGUUCCGACUGCUAAUACAAAUGUAAACACUCAGCCACCACCACCACCACCACCGCCACCCCAUUCCCAGGGGUAUGAUCCAUAUACUGGGUAUGAUUAUCCUCGAGAACCUCAUCCGAGAGAGAGGGACUAUAAUCCUAGACCCUUUCCACCACCUGGUGGAAGUGUUUAUCAAGCUAGAGGUAGAUUUCCUUCACCCCCUCCCCCUCCUCCGCAUAGGUAUGAGGGUGAUCAUAGACCUGGACAUGAACAUGAAUACGAUGAUCGUCCUGGGCCCGGGAAUGAUAGAGGAGCUGGACAUGGACAUGGACCUGGGUAUGGUCGUGGACGUGGGCACGGUCAUGGACAUGGACAUGGAGGUGGUGGGAGAGGCAGAGGAGGAGGUAAGCGAGGACGAGGAGGACGAGGAGGGAGGGGUGGGAGAUGA